AGAGGGUUGCAAUCAAUAGGAAACAGAAAGCAACAGGGAGGGAAGUAAUUGUAGAUACACUCAGAUCGCUGGGGAAUGUCCGAAUCUCCGAGUACAGCAACAAAGACGACGAAACGAAAUCAUCGCAUAGGCGUAUGGAAAGGACCGGCUGGGCGAAACAACGGACUGCCUUGAACGACGUAUAUAUAGUGAUACCAAUACCGUUAUAAUAAAUGGACAGGACUUUAUUAUAGAUUAUUAAAAUAAAAAAGUAGUGCUGAAGAAAAAAAAAAGAUUUUAUUAUCCAAAAGAAUAAAAAGCUAAUACCCAGUCCACAUACACUAUUGAUUAUCAUACAGUAGUGGCUUACUACUGUACCUGCAACAAGAAAAUACUCCGCGACAACGAGAGACUGAUGGGUUGUAAUAAAGGAAAUAUCAGUUUAGAAAGCUCUCCCUCUCGAAGGUAUACAAUAAUAAACGUGACUUGUUGUGCACACCCGGGCUUGGGUUGCUGCUGCUGCAGCCCGGUCUUGUAUGUAAUUUAAAUGAUGCAUCCCAUCUAGUAUCGUGAAACAGAUUCAGCAACCCGCCUGCUUCUCAUUGCGACACCUCGGAGCUCGGAGCGCGAUUGCGCUCAGCAGCAGCACUGGCGUGCUGGCUAUAUAGGCGGACCGGCGGGGAUGUUUAGGAGUUCAUUUCUCUUCCAGAGGAGGAUCCGAAAGAUUAAGUCUAGUUGUAAUACACACCAGUAGCUGAACGUCAGUAGGGUGCUUCUGACGGUCUACGUGAGAAAGAAAGAAAGAAAGAAAAAGGACACUUUGCAGAUUAGGAACUAAACGGACCAAGAAUUAAACCAACGAGUUGAGCUUUGUUUGCAGACAAUUCAAGGGCCCUCUCCAUGGAUAUUGACACAGACUACGAGCGGCCGAACGUCGAGACUAUAAAGUGUGUGGUGGUGGGUGACAACGCGGCGGGGAAGACACGACUGAUCUGCGCCAGGGCCUGCAAUGCCACGCUCACGCAGUACCAGCUGCUCGCCACGCACGUGCCAACUGUCUGGGCCAUCGACCAGUACAGGGUGUGCCAGGAAGUGCUGGAGCGCUCUCGUGAUGUGGUGGACGAGGUUAGCGUGUCUCUGCGACUCUGGGACACCUUUGGGGAUCAUCACAAGGACCGCCGCUUCGCGUACGGCAGGUCUGACGUGGUGGUCCUGUGCUUCUCCCUCGCCAACCCCAACUCUCUGCGCCACGUGAGGUCCAUGUGGUUCCCUGAGAUCAAGCACUUCUGUCCUCGCACUCCCAUCAUCCUGGUGGGCUGCCAGCUGGACCUGCGCUAUGCCGACCUCGACGCAGUCAACCGUGCCCGCCGGCCACUCGCCAAGCCCAUCAAGCCGACAGACAUCCUGCCCCCAGAGAAGGGUCACGAGGUGGCGAAGGAGCUGGGGGUGCCCUACUAUGAGACCAGCGUGGUGGCGCAGUUUGGGGUGAAGGAUGUCUUUGACAACGCCAUCCGCGCCGCCCUCAUCUCCCGCCGCCACCUGCAGUUCUGGAAGUCCCACCUGAAGAAGGUGCAGCGCCCCCUGCUGCAAGCCCCCUUCCUUCCGCCGCGGCCCCCUCCUCCUAUUAUUGUCAUCCCCGAGCCGCCCCCCUGCGACGGGGAGGGGCCUGCCACCCUCUUCUCGGUGCCCCUCUGCGCUGACGUCCUCUUCCUCCUGCAGGGCGGCACCACACGCGUCUUCGCUCACAAGGCCUACCUGGCCACUUCCUGCUCAAAAUUCUAUGACCUCUUCAUCAUGGAGCUUGACUGGAGGGGAAGGGAGGAGGAGUGGGAGGAGGAGGAAGAGGAGGAGGAAGAAGAAGAAGAAGAAAAGGAGGUGCUAGAGGAGGAGCGCAGGGGAGGGAAGGAGCCGGCCAGCCGCACUAAGAGCCUGAACAUCGACAAGGACCCUCUAGAGGGAGGAGGCAGUCACCACUUUGUCAGGAGGCAUCUCUCACACCAGGGCUCCCUGACGACUUCCAAGAGUGACAACCUCCUCCCGGAGAGGGCCCAGGAGCCGGGUGGGGUGGGAGUCGGCAGGACUCUCUCUGGCUGGGGCCGGGGCUUCCUCAGGAUGUACUUGGAGCGGGUGGAAGACCCGGUGACCCGGCGAGAGAGGCUGAUGACGGUGGUUUCCAUAGACUGCCUAAUCCAGCCCCGGCCGUUCCAGGCCGUGCUGAAUUACCUGUACACCGGCAGCCUGGACGAGGGCCGGGGGGACCUCAUGCAGGUGGCCUCCAUCGCUGAGCUGCUGGAGGUGUUUGACCUGCGCAUGAUGGUGGCCAACAUCCUCAACAAGGAGAGCUUCAUGAACCAGGAGAUCACCAAGGCCUUCCAUGUGCGCCGUGCCAACCGCAUCAAGGAGUGCCUGGUCAAGGGCACCUUUGCAGAUGUUGUCUUCCAAUUGGAUGACGGACAGUUGCCUGCCCACAAGCCCUUACUGAUCUCCAGCUGUGAUUGGAUGGCGGCUAUGUUCCGGGGUUCCUUUUUGGAAAGCUACAUUGAGGAGGUCUCCAUUCCCAACACAAACUGUGCCUGCAUGCGCGCCGUGCUGGAGUACCUCUACACUGGCCUGCUGACCCCCACCCCGGACCUGGACCCCAUGGAGCUGGUCAUGCUGGCCAACCGGCUGUGCCUGCCGCGCCUCGUCGCACUCACAGAACAGCACGCGGUGGACGAGCUGCAGAGAGCUGGAGAGGACGCAGACCAGAAGGUGCUGCUCUAUCUGGAGAUGGCUCAGUUUCAUAACGCAAAACAGCUGGCCACGUGGUGCCUGCAUCACAUCUGCACAAACUACAACAGCAUCUGCCGCAGGUUCCGCAAGGAGAUGAAAGCCAUGUCUCCAGAGAACCAGAGGCACUUUGAGAAGCAGCGCUGGCCGCCAGUCUGGUACCUGAAGGAGGAGGACAGCUAUCUGCGCUCCCGGAAGGAGAGGGAGAAGGAGGAGGAGAUCCUCCGCAAGCAGCACAUCAAGCACGGCUGGUGCUUCUGGCGCCACUCCUCUUCCUCCUCCUCCUCCUCCUCCUCCUCCUCCUCCUCCUCACCCCAUGUCUCCUGAGCUGACCCUGACCCCCCUCCGAAACCCACUGGGGAGGGCCGUCCUCUGGGGACAAAACAGACAAGCAGCCCAGGAUCCCAUCCACCUUCCGUUUCUGUCCAAACUGGCUACCCGGUGACGUCACACAAGAUAAAAUGAUGAGAUUGGCUGGCUGGCUGACUGUGCUGUGUGAUUGGUGCUAACUUAGCCUGUGCUUUGUGUGUUUGAGGCUUCAAUGAAAGUGUGUGUUGGGAGGGAUGUGGAUAGUUGGAGGGGGUGGUCUAUUUGGUAUGGCCGUGAAGGCAUGGGGAAAUGGAGCACAUAGUCUUCUUAGACAUUCCAUGAAAAGGCCACUGAUUUUUACAUUUAUUUUUUUGACUGAUAAGCCACGGAAGGUAAGCUAAAUUAAAUAAGUUGUGAUCACUACAAACAAAGUAAAAAUAUGACUUGCUCAGGGGUCUGGAUACCGAGAGAGGUUUUCCAGAUGAAGCUCCAGGAAAAAGGCCACGGAAAUCGAUCCAAACACAAUUUAUUCGGCCACGGAAUUUAUGGCAUGUCAUGGAAAACCUACUAGGAUUUUGUUUUUUCUUUCAGACUGUUGUUGAGUCAUCCAAGUAGUUGUGGGAAUGACAAGAGACAGAUUGCCACGGAAUACAUGCCUGUAAACUUCAGGGACAGGGAGGUGCAGACAGUAAGGUUUGGAAAUCGAAUUAGUGGAUUUAAAAGGGUGUUUGAUACCAUUCCUUCCGAACCUCCGUCCUGCAGCUGAUUCCCACACUCCCACUGUGUCUCACGGGGAAUGUCGACAGCAGGGAGCUGGAGUUGCUUCUUCUGAGACAGAACCCUUCUUCGCUGCUUGACUGGGCAGACAGGAACUAGAGGAUGGCUCAGGGAGAAAAUAUGGAACUGGUACCUGCCUUUUACAAUGGGCUGGUACCACGGUUAUUGGGUACCUGUGCCUACCUCACUGGAAACUAGAGGUCCCUCACCUUCCUGCCUUAGAUUAGACUUAGGGUGAAUACAACCCAUCAUGCAAUUGUCCUGCCUCGCGAUGCCCGACUCAAAAAACCCUCCUUGCGGUGUCUCCUAGACUAGCAUGUUCUUGCAUUCGAAAUGAAGCUGUGAAGAAUCUUAUUCAAGCACAAUGUGACUCCUGACUUCCACAGGACAGUACCCCCCCCUGUUAUUUUUUUAAAUCCUGGAAUGGUGAGAAAAAGGAGAAGAUGGCAAUGUAAUGAUGACUUGGAAACAAAUAAGCUAAAAAUAUGUGUUGGUGCACUUCAGCUGUAAAAUGAGUGACACAGUAGCUUUAGUCAGUGUAGCGUCUCUAUAUGUGUACACAUAUAUAGAACCCCUAUUGGAAUUAUAAGGGCUAAACCUACAUUAUUGCUAUACUGAUUAUCAGCCAGCAGUUCAACUAUUAAGUUUACAUGUAAUGAUUACUCUUCUUGACCUACAGUUGCACUGCGCUGUCAGAUGUUGCGGUUUUACUGCAAGUAGCACUUCACAUAAUACAGAUGUUUUGUAUGAACUCUCUCUCUCUCUCUCUCUCUCUCUCUCUCUCUCUCUCUCUCUCUCUCUCUCUCUCUCUCUCUCUCUCUCUCUCUCUCUCUCUCUCUCUCUCUCUCUCUAUAUAUAUAUAUAUAUAUAGAUACACAGUAUAUAUAUAAAUACAUGGAUGAAGGCUAUAUUUGCAUCCUGAGCCAUUCUUAAAAAAAAAAAAAAAAAACAUUAGUGGUGUCAAAAAGUGAUAAUUCCACUAGAGGAAAAUAUACUUGAACUUUGACCCAUUCGACUCCUCGAAACUGUCACUGUCAAUUCAAACACAAAAUGUCUUGGACAACACCCACAGUACAGAAAUGUUCAUUAAUGAUCAACAAAAUGAGAAUAUGUUUUAAAAAAAAAAAGUGAAGCUGGUACAUUUGUAUCUCAGAGAAACUGGAGAAACAGAUAAUGACAUAGAACGUCUGUAAGGCACUCACACUAUGUUUAAAAAAACCCAAGUGUACUGCUGAACCUCGUCUUCUUUAAUAUUAGCAUCACAAGGGAAUCCAUGUAUUAUAAAAAAUAAUAGAUGGGUCUCUUCAGUGAGUUACAGGAAAACAAUAUCAUCUCGGGUUUCUGUGACAGUUUAUAAAUUACUUGACCUAACGGUUUCAUAGUUUAUGACGUCACAGAAACCCUAGAUGGAAUUAUUUUCCUGUAACUCACUGAAGCCCAUCUAUUAUAUAUAUAUAUAUAUAUAUAUAUAUAUAUAUAUAUAUAUAUAUAUAUAUAUAUAUAUAUAUAUAUAUAUAUAUAUAUAGUACAGUGUCUUCCUUAUAAAAGUUUACUACAGUAAAAGCACAGUGCAAUGAAGCACAAUGAAAGCAUGCUAAUGCAUACUUAUCCCCAUGUAUUUAAUUUAGAUAAGCAUUAUAAAGAAUAGCAAGGAUUGAUAAAGCAUAUUAACACACAUGGCAAACCAAGGUCAACGAUGUUCAAAUCAUGGGGGAACUGCACAGAUACCAUGGUAAACUUUUUAUAAGGGCUGUAACACAUAUUUAAGUUUCAGAGAGCAAUAACAUGUCUGCUGAUGUAAGAGAGACUGUAGGCUGCACAUGCAGAGCUGGCAGGCAUGUUUUUAUUCAUUACUGCGACUGCAAGGUUCAUUCUGCCUGUGUGGAGCUGCUUUCAAGGAGCCUGCUGAUUAGAGAGCUGAGUUUCACAAAUAGAGUGUUGUGGUGUGGGUUUAAAAAAGUGCAUCAGCUGGGCUGCACCAAAAGACAGUGUAGUGCAGUGCUCAGUCUAAACUAUUAUUAGUACUAGAAAUAUAGAUUUUCUUCUGCUAAAAAUAUGUCCAGCUGGUUGGGUUCUCUAUGAAGCACAAAACAUGCAUUUGUGUUUAUUUUACGGGGUUUAAACAGGACAAAGCAGAAUGGACUUCAGAAUUGAUCCCUCAACAUUGAUUUUUUGAAUGCAGGAUUCUAGAAUGCAGUAUUAGCCAUACAGAAGCAGAAUGCAGCGUUCUAGAACGCAGUAUUAGCAUCCCCUGGAUUCAGAGUGUAGGAUUAGGAGUUAGGAGUGGGUCAGUGUUAGGUGUGACGGACUGAGCUGGGGUUAGGGUUAGUAUGAAAGUGAAGUUUAAGUGAAGAGCUGUUUUUUUAGGGGGUUACAGGCAGGCAGCGUGUGGUCCAGGUGGUUAGGGGUAAGGACUGAGUUAGGAUAUGAGCUGCGAUUUAGGUUCGCAGGACAACAUCAUUGCUGUUGUCAUUUCUUUGCUGUUCACAUACCCUGCCACCAUUUAGUUUUGAGAUUUUUUGUGGUGAUUGUUUUUCUUGCAGUUAAUUUGCUUCGGCUGGUGGUGAUGCGAUCUGCUUAAUGUUGAUGCUUUGCUUUACUUCCCUUGAUUUGCACUAACUUUCUUAAUGAACUGACAGUGUUUUGAUACCUUUUUGUUAUUGCUGUGGAAUUUUUGCUAAGGAAAUGCAACUGCAGUGACUUACAGUUACAGACCGGAGGUGCAGUGUAGCCUCAACAAAGGAAUGUUUUGCUUACAGGCGCAGUAUUGUUGUUGUUGUUGUUGUUGUUGUUGUUGUUGUUAUUACUAUUAUUAUUAUUAUUAUUAUUAUUAUUAUUACUAUUGUUGCUAUUAUAAGUAUUAUUAUUAUUAUAUUGCUAAUACUAGUCUAGAUACAGUAUAGGUUUAGCGUUUACAUCAUGCUUCAGAUGCAAGACUCCAGCAUUUCACUUUUCUUUACCCUCAAGCGGUUUUGUUUGUGUAAUGGACAGUUUUUGCUGGUGUUUGUUUGUUUUCUGCGUGUGUUUUUGGUGGUGUUUUAAAAGCACUUUAUAUACUCUCUUCAGUAUGUGGGAUGUAUCUUGAGCCAAGCAUCUUAUAGGUAUACAGCCUGGCCAUGCCUAGUUUACACACGUAUAGAUCACAGGCAGCCCGAUUUCAAUGAAGAAUACAAUCAUUGAACUACUAUUUCAUACCCACCCAAAUUACAUUACACUUAAAGGGGUAAUAACCAAGGUUUGAGACAUUUUCACAAGUCACUUAGAUUGCGGAGUUCAGCAGGAUAAGAGGCUUCGUCCGAUUUCAAAGUGAAAAUACGAUCUUCAGAACUAUAAAAGAUCUACAGGAGAAUGCUAAGAGAAGGACGCACUUGCAAGGAAGUUGUCAUGCUAGCGAGAAGAACUAAUUUCUUUUGUAAAGACUUGGUUAUUACAAUGAGCUAGUCAUUGUCUUAACACUGUUGGCUUAUUUUAAUAACAGUGCUGUGCUUCUUAAAUAGCUCAUGAGUUCAGUCCCUGUGAAUAAACACAUGUAUAUGAAAUGGAAAGUAUAAACAAGGAAUGUCUCUGGAACUUCAUUUUGCAGAUUUCCCACCACAGACUUUACGGCAACAAAUGUUUGCAUAUAUUAUUUUAAGUAUACAUAUACUGUAUAUAAACUCAAUAUAGUAAUUACUCAAAUUUUGCUAAUGCUAAUUUCAAGUAUAUGUAAGGAUAACAUAUAUUACAGUAUGCAUCUGUUGUAAUCCGCAGUAUUUUAUAAAACAACCCUCAUAUACAUGUAUGAAAGUAUAUGACAUGCAUUCGAAAUACCAGCUCUUCCCUUACAAAUACUCUUGUAAUUGUAUAGGAAACUAUGGUUUAUGAAGUAAUGUGUAGGUUUAAUGCAAAUACUGUUGUAUUCGAGGUUUUAUUAAGCGGUCCACGGGCAGUGUUAAUAUCUGAUUUACUUGGCAAUAAGGCGGUGAUGUUGAGUCCUGCUCUGUAGUCAGUCCUGAAUUGUAGAUUUCUUAGCAGUAUUAAUCCUGUGCCCUGAAGCACAGGGACACAGGGUCGCAGGGACAGGCUCUAAUAAGCUAGCAAUAGGAAAGCACUAGUCUUUGCUGAUCUGAAUGAAGCUUUCUUGGCAGUUGUUACACAGAUGUACUGCUUUUGAUUUUAGUAAAGCAGUAGUUCUGAGAUACUUUAGUUUUAAACGGGUAGCUCUUUGCUGCCUUUAUUAGGAUGCGAUCAGUUCGCUCAUGAGACUGUACAUCAUAAUAAUAGUUAGGAAACCCCACAGAUCCUGAGCUUUCCACUUCCAUGCUAUGGAAACCGGAGAAGCAGAAGUGUUUAGUUAGAAAAGGGGUACUGUAUGUCCAGGUGCCCCUCUCUGUCUCUCUCAACGAAUGGAGACCGAACUCCCUGUCCACUGUCGUAUAUGGCGUUACUUGUGCCUUCUCACACACUGUUGCCUGUUUUCUUGUAAUCCACCCUUUUUCAGCCCGAUAGACGAUGGGACAGUGAAGAGACAGAGCAUGUCGUUGUGAGCAGGGCGAUGUCGUGGCUCGUGGGGUUUAAAAACCUGAGCUCUUAUAAUUCCAAAAGAUAUUUAUCAUAGCAGUGCACUUAGCAUGGCGUGCUUUUCAAAUAGCACAAGAUAGUAUGAAUUCUGCUCUGGCAUAAGAGCGAUUUCCCCAAGUAUCUACCAUACAUACAAUAUGUUUUUUUUUUUUUUUAUAAUCCUCAGUUAAUUUUUCUCUUCCUUUUAAAGGCAAUGGGAGACCAGUUCUAACCCUAAGGAGUUGUUCAAAGCUUUUUUAAAAGUACAUAUUAGACUUGGAUACGCCAGGCCCCUAUUUGACACUGCCUGACGCUGUAUGCAGCUCGUAUGAAACCGAUGUGCUCAUAACUGGCCCUGUCCUGACCGUGUGUUGUUUCGUUUCAUGAAUGUCCAGGUUCUGUUCUGUGCUAUUUUGUACUCUUGAUGUGACAAUUAAGUAAACUCUUGCACUUUUUUUAAUUAAAUAAUUUAGAGCUUCUCUGUGCAUAAUAAUGAAAAAAAAAAGUAACUACAACAAAACACUUUAAAGGGCUUUUUUUAACAAUCAGAAUGUUUUGCUGCUUUAAAAAAAAAAAAAAAAAAUCCUUUGUAAUAAUUUUUUGAACCACUGCGAUUUGUACAAAAAAAAAAGUUUUGCCGUUUUCAGUAUUUUAAUGUUUGACUUGACUUAUUAAAACUUUGCUAAAAUGUG